AUGUCUUCUUUUUCCAUCAAUGACGAGUCAACUAGCUGGCAUGGUGCCGGUGCCGCCGAAUUCGAUCUGCGCAGCGAUACCAUGACAAAACCAACUCCUGCCAUGCUCAGUGCCAUCUGCCAGACUACCUUAUUGGACGAUGUCUUCAACGAGGACCCAACCACAAAUACUCUCCAGAGCUACGUAGCACAGAGAACUGGCCAUGAAGAUGCACUCAUGGUCCUGUCGGGUACCAUGGGAAACCAAGUGGCCAUCCGUUCGCACUUGGCGCAACCUCCUCAUUCUGUUCUAUGCGACUACCGGUCUCAUAUCAUCUGCUAUGAGGCUGGUGGCGUGAGCGCAUGGACCGGGGCCACCGUUUCAACAGUAAUUCCCAAGAAUGGAAUUCAUCUGACCCUGGAAGAUAUUCAAAAGCACGCCGUUCUUGAUGACAACAUCCACCAUUGCCCUACAAAGCUAAUUAGUCUGGAGAAUACCCUCGACGGUAUGGUCAUGCCCCUGUCCGAGGCUCGACGCAUCGUUGAAUGGGCUCACGAGAAUGACAUCAAGGUGCAUCUGGACGGCGCACGUUUGUGGGAAGCAGUUGUCUCUGGUGCGGGCAGUCUAAAUGAAUAUGCCGGCUUGUUUGAUAGUGUGAGUCUGUGCUUUUCGAAGGGUCUUGGUGCACCGAUUGGAAGCAUCAUUGUAGGUUCCAAGGAGUUUAUUAAAAAAGCGCGUUGGUUCCGCAAAUCUAUUGGUGGUGGCGCUCGCCAAACAGGAGUUUUGGCUGCCGCUGCCCGGGUAGCCCUUGAUGAAACUUUCGGCACAGAUUCCAACGGUCAAACUGGCAAGCUUGCGGCCACUCAUACAAAGGCCAAGCAUAUUGCUGACCUCUGGACUAGCCGUGGUGGUAAACUCCAGAAACCGGUGCACACUAACAUGGUAUGGCUAGAUCUUGAAGCCUCUGGGGUGGGACCCAACGACCUUGCAGUCAUUGGCAAGGAGAAGGGAUUGAUACUGUCUGGAUGGCGGGUGGUUGUCCACUAUCAGGUCUCCGAUGAGUCAAUUGCCCGUCUGGAACAGGUAUUUGAUAUUGCGAUUAAGGGAGACUACCAAAGUAGUAAGGACCAAAGUAAACCAUACGGAAGCAGCAAGCCAUGA